UUUUACUGCUGGAGAUGAAUUUCAAGUUGCCAUGAAUGAGUCUCAGCUAAAACACAGGCAGCACUCUUACCCAGAGACAGAGAGAGGGAGGGAGAGAGGAAGAGAGAGAGAGAGAGAGAGGAAGAGACGCCACUUACAGCAUACAGAAAGAGGUAGAGAAAGAGUUUGAGUGGAGAAAGCGUGAAGAGGCUGAGUGUGACAGCACCGAAUGAGAGGAGGAGGAGGAGGAGGAGGGACCAAGUGGCAGGGACUAGGGAGGGAGAAACCGAGAGGGGGACGGACCGAGAGUGAGCGAGGGGAGGGAGCAUCAGGCAAAGUAGAUGAGAGGGAGAAGGAAAGAGGGAAACUGAGGGAGUCAAGAGAAGAGAGGAGAGCAAAAGGAAAAAAAAGGAGGACAGCUCAGCAAAUCAGUCCAGUAGAAUUCCUCUCACAGCUGCAGUGAUCCAGGCUGGGAGGGGAAGUUUAGCUCACCAGGAGAUCAAGAAACAAAUACAAGAAAUUGCAUUUUUUUUCCCUCUGGGUGAAGAAAUCAGAAGAGUCCCUUGAGAGGAAAGGGAACAAGAAGAAAGAGGAAUCAGAGAGCUUCUGCAGCCUGCAGGGGAAGAUGGAUUCAGACUCCGGAGAGCAGAGUGACGGAGACCUGUCUCCAGGACAGGAGAGCUUUAACUCCCGCUCCCUGGCCCUGCAGGCCCAGAAGAAGAUCCUGAGCAAGAUGGCGACCAUGGUGGUGGCCAACAUGCUGACAGACGACACUAGCAGCGAGAUCUUGGACGAGCUCUACAAGACGAGCCGGGAGUUCACAAAGAGCAAGAAGGAGGCCCACAAGAUCAUCAAGGACGUCAUCAAGAUCGCCUUGAAGAUCGGCAUCUUGUACCGCAACCAUCAGUUCAGCCCCGACGAGCUCGACACAGUGGAGCGCUUCAAGAAGAAGAUGAACCAGGCGGCCAUGACGGCGGUGUCGUUCUACGAGGUGGAGUACACCUUUGACAGGAAUAUUCUGUCGGAGCUCCUGCUGGAGUGCAGGGACCUGCUUCACACCCUGGUCGAGCAGCACCUGACGGCGCGCUCACACGCACGCAUUGAUCACGUUUUCAACCAUUUUGCCCACGGGGAGUUCCUGGCCGAGCUGUACGGGGACAGAGAGGAGUACAGACUCUCCCUGAGGAAGAUCUGCAAUGGGAUCAACAAACUGCUGGACGAAGGAACGCUUUAACCUCACACGCCUGACCUCUUUCACCUCUAGCUCCUUCUCCUCCUGCCUCCGUCUAUCUCCUUUUCACCCGCUCACCCCUGACCGCUCACACUCUCCUAUUUCUGUCUGCUCUCGUCUUCUUGUUUCUUCUUCAUCCAUUUUCAUGAGGCUAGCUGUAACAUCCUGCUGCUGUGGUUCCAUGAGGGAUUUUUUUAGACUGUCUUUCCACUCAGCGGAUCAUUGCUGCACACUGGGACAGCCUCUAUCAUGUUGUAUGCAGUAUAGCAUUCCCAGUCACCCCCUUUGUGUGCAAAAGUGUACUGUACCAAUGGCCAAAAAACAUACACUAGGUAUAGUCGGAUAUGGAAGAAAAUCAGUAGUAGUAAUCAGUCUCUCUCUCUCUUUGUGUGUGUGAAUGUGUGCACAUGUGUUUGUAUGGGAUUCGCUUGAAUAAUGUGUUUGUACAUAAGACCUGGUGUGUGUAUUAUGUAUCUGUGUCAAUCUUCUCUACAAGGGUGUAACACUUGUCUUUUAUUAAAGAUUUCUUGUAAACAUUA